AGGGCAAAGACUUCUGGAAUGCAGCUGUUGGGAUUUGAAAAGUCUUUGUGUCCAAACCUUGAAUGAAAUUUGUGGUCUGGAAGCAAGAAAAUUGGUUUCCUAAUACUUUAGUUUGACUUGAAAACUCUGGCUUGCCCUUGUGAUGGACCAUUUUUGUGCUUAAAUAUGUUCUUUAAUCCUUUGUUACAAGUAUGUGAGUUCAAAGAUCCUAGGAAUGGCUACUGCUAUUUUUACUUUGAUGUUCCUAGUAACGAUGGUACUGUUACAGCUUAUGGCUGUUGCUCAAACUAAUGGAAGUAUGCCCGUGGGUGCAUUUAUCACUGCAACUGAUGAUGCUCCUUCAUGGCUUUCUUCCUCUGGAGAAUUUGCUUUUGGAUUUCAGCCCUUGGAAUACAAGGAUCAUUUCUUGCUGUCUAUUUGGUAUGCCAAGAUUCCUGAGAAGACCAUAGUUUGGUAUGCAAAUGGAGAUAAUCCUGCACCAAGGGAGUCUAAGGUCGAGCUGAGGGGUGAUAGUGGGCUGGUGCUUACUGAUCCUCAAGGCAACCUAAUAUGGUCAUCUGGUAGCCUUCUUGGUACAGUUUCGUCAGGUGUAAUGAAUGACACUGGCAACUUCGUGCUUCAAAAUAGCAAUUCUUUCAGGUUGUGGGAGAGUUUCAGCAAUCCCACUGAUACAUUGUUGCCUACUCAGAUUAUGGAGGUUGGAGGGGUGGUUUCUUCUCGAAGGACGGAGACCAACUUUUCGCUGGGGAGAUUCCAGCUCCGUUUGCUUGAUAAUGGAAAUCUUGUGCUGAAUUACAUGAAUUUGCCAACCAAAUUUGUUUACGAUGACUACUAUAGUAGUGAAACUUCUGAUGCUUCAAAUUCAUCAAAUUCUGGUUAUCGAUUGAUCUUCAAUGAGUCAGGCUACAUGUACAUAUUGAGAAGAAAUGGGCUGAUAGAGGAUCUCACAAAAACAGCACUUCCUACUAUAGACUUCUAUCAUAGGGCAACACUCAAUUUUGAUGGUGUUUUCACUCAAUAUUUUUACCCAAAAGCAUCUAGCGGUAACAGAAGCUGGUCCUCAGUCUGGUCCAAACCAGAUGAUAUAUGUGUCAAUAUGGGAGCGGACUUGGGUAGUGGAGCAUGUGGAUAUAACAGCAUCUGCAAUCUAAAAGCUGAUAAAAGGCCAGAAUGUAAAUGUCCACAAGGUUUUUCUUUGCUUGAUCAGAAUGACAAGUAUGGAAGCUGCAUACCAGAUUUCGAACUAAGCUGCAGAGAUGAUGGACUCAAUUCCACCGAAGAUCAGUAUGAUUUUGUGGAGCUAAUAAAUGUUGAUUGGCCAACAUCUGAUUAUGAGAGGUACAAACCUAUUAACGAAGAUGAGUGCCGAAAGUCUUGCUUGAAUGAUUGUCUAUGUUCUGUUGCCAUUUUUAGAGAUGGCUGCUGGAAGAAGAAGUUACCACUCUCGAAUGGAAGAUUUGACAUUGGUAUGAAUGGGAAGGCUUUCCUCAAAUUUCCGAAAGGUUAUGUUCCUCUGGACAGGCCUCCUCCUCAGCUUCCUGGAGAGAAAAAGAAACCAGACAUUAAGUUCAUCACUGGAUCAGUAGUCCUUGGUACCUCUGUAUUUGUCAACUUUGUAUUGGUCGGUGCUUUCUGUCUCACUUCUUCCUUCAUUUAUCGCAAGAAAACUGAAAAAGUUAAGGAAGGUGGAAGUGGUUUGGAGACAAACUUGCGGUAUUUUACAUACAAAGAGCUCGCUGAAGCGACAAAUGACUUCAAAGAUGAGGUGGGAAGAGGAGGUUUUGGUGUUGUUUACAAGGGGACAAUACAGGCAGGCUCUACUAGGGUUGUUGCUGUCAAGAAGUUAGAUAAAGUGGUUCAGGAUGGGGAAAAAGAAUUUAAAACAGAAGUACAAGUGAUUGGCCAGACGCAUCACAAGAAUUUGGUCCGGUUGCUAGGAUUUUGUGACGAGGGGCAGAAUCGAUUGUUGGUGUACGAGUUCUUGAGUAAUGGCACUCUAGCAAACUUCCUUUUCGGAUGCUCUAAGCCUAAUUGGAAGCAAAGGACCCAAAUUGCCUUUGGCAUUGCAAGAGGACUCUUGUACCUGCAUGAAGAAUGCGGCACCCAAAUCAUUCAUUGUGAUAUAAAGCCUCAGAACAUACUUCUUGACAAUUAUUACAAUGCUCGAAUAUCUGAUUUUGGACUGGCAAAGCUUUUGGUGAUGGAUCAGAGCAAAACUCAAACUGCUAUUAGAGGAACAAAAGGAUAUGUUGCACCUGAAUGGUUUAGGAACAGACCAAUCACUGUGAAGGUUGAUGUGUAUAGCUUCGGUGUCAUGCUGCUAGAGAUCAUCUGUUGUAGAAGAAAUGUAGAUUUGGAGAUCGGUGAAGUAGAGAAUCCAGUACUGACUGAUUGGGCUUAUGACUGCUAUAUGGAUGGAAGUUUGGAUGUUUUAAUUGGAGAUGACACGGAGGCCAAGAAUGACAUAUCGACACUAGAGCGUCUGUUGAAGGUCGGGAUUUGGUGUAUUCAAGAGGAUCCAUCUCUCAGACCCACCAUGAGGAAGGUCACACAGAUGCUUGAAGGAGUUGUUGAAGUUCCUGCUGCUCCAAAUCCAUUUCCAUAUAGUUCAAUUAGCAAAUACAGUCACUAAUGAUCUUUAUUUCACUUAGAUAUGAUUUUUCUACAGUUUCUUCCACCAUGAAAUGUAGCUUUAUAAAUUGAAACUCUGUGUUAAAUUUGAAUUAGUUUCCAAGGAAUCAAAAUGUUGUGAUGAAUCCAAAAACUUGGGGUUAGCA